UUUUUUUUUUUGGCUAGCCAUGUGUGCCGACUGCCGUCCGUCAGCGGGUAGGCAGAGGCGAAGAGGAGGGGAGGAAAAGUGUGUUUACACAGACGGCAGAGCGCCUGGGGAAUCGUCGGCGAGAGGAAGUGAGCCGGCUCUGCGUCUGCCUGCUUCUGACUUCCUGCUCCGAAAAAGAAAAAGCUCAGGAUCCGAUUUCAAGAGCAGCACAAGCCGUGUUGUAGCAAGCAUGGAGACACAGGGAAUCUCACUAACGUCGCGCUAAAGUUCCUCGAAGGGGAAGAAAGGCCAAAGAAGUGAACGCAGCCAUGGAUAGUGCCAUCACCCUAUGGCAGUUCCUGCUGCAGCUGCUGCUGGACCAGAGCCACAAGCACCUCAUCUGCUGGACGUCCACCGACGGCGAAUUCAAGCUCCUCAAGUCAGAGGAAGUGGCCAAGCUGUGGGGGCUACGCAAGAACAAGACCAACAUGAACUAUGACAAGCUGAGCCGAGCCCUGCGCUACUACUACGACAAAAAUAUCAUCAAGAAGGUGAUUGGCCAGAAGUUUGUCUACAAGUUUGUGUCCUUCCCCGAGAUCCUGAAGAUGGACCCCCAGAUGGUGGAGAUGGGUUUGGCUUCAGGAAGGUUCCCCCUCCAGGAAGGAGAGGCCCCUGAGCUUGAUGUGGAGGAGGAAGGGGAGGAAGAAGAGGGGGAGGAGGUGCAGAGGAGGACCCUGGCAGCACUGGGGAUGCAGCAGAACCGAAAUGACUACCUCCGCUCGGGGCUCUACUCCUCCUUCAGCAUCGCCUCCCUCCACAACCAGCCGGAGCUGCUGCGAGCGCUGCGGGGGGAGCGCCAGGAGGAGCCGCGCUCCGUAAUCCGAUUUGGGACCAAUGACGGGAGCUCUACCAAAGCUGAAUCGUACACCUCCACCAGACCGCGUAUGCAGCCUCCUCACUCUCACUCCCCCACCUCCUCUAUUAAGCAGACCAUCCAUGAUGAUGAUGAUGAUGAUGAUAAUGAGGAGGAGCAGGAGGAGGACUCUGAGCAGGGUGCCCAGCCCCUUAACCUCUCCUCUGGGCACAGGGAGCGAGCCCGCCAUGCUCCUGAAAAGAGGAGCAGCACCAGUGGAGGAGGAGGCAGAAGCAGUGGCUGCUCCUCCUCCAUUAGUUGUAGUAACCUAGGAGAUGGACUCCCGCCUAAGAGCAAAAAACCCAAAGCUUUGGAGAUCUCCGCCCCCUCCUUGCUGCUGGCAGGGAGCGACAUCGGCUCCAUCGCCCUUAACAGUCCGGCGCUGCCAUCUGGAUCGCUCACUCCCGCCUUCUUCACCACACAGACUGCCUCUGGUCUGCUGCUGGCCCACAGUCCACUCUUGUCUGGCAUCCACUUCUGGAGCAGUCUCAGCCCCGUGGCCCCACUCAGCCCCGCCCGGCUGCAGGGCCACGGAUCCUUGUUCCAGUUCCCCAGCUUAAUCAACGGACACAUGCCUGUCCCCCUGCCAAACCUGGAAGGAACACCCUCCUCCUCUUCGCUCCUGUCACCCAGCUCCCACAAAUCCUGAUCCGGAAAGUUGCCCGUCUUGAAUCGACUUUUGGACAAGUCCUCUUGAGACUGUUUGUGACCUCAUUUUGUUUUGUUUUUGCACUUGGGUUGCUUCAGGUUGCAGCGUUUGGAAAAAAGCACUCGGUUUAAAGCCAUAUUUGUGGAGGCAUUGCUAGCUGCUGAACUCUAGCUAGACGUAGCUCAUUCAUAACCUAUCACUUCUUUUUUCUUCCAGGUCAGCACAAGUGAUGCGUGCUUCACUUAUCAGGCCUUUUCUAUGUAAUGUAUGCACUAUGCUUCUCACAUAGUACCGGCUGUGCCUUAUUUUUGUGUCUUCUAUCCUUCUUCCCCUCCUAUGCCCACUUCAAAAACAAGAUUUCUAAUAACGAAAACCCCUUUUUUAGUACUUGUAAUUUCCUCUUUUUUUAUACUGGACGUGGUAUACAGUAUGUAUUCUGUAUAAUUUUGUAUUGUGAUGAAUGUCAUUCAUUUUCAAUAAAAGCAUCGAAUGCAUUUUUCACAAGAAA